GAAAGUAUUUUGUACAUUUUCCCGAUUCAAAACCGGUUCAAAUUUUUUUUGUUGCAAAAACAAUGUAUUGUCAACAGAGGGAAAAUUUUUGCAUUUUCCACGGUAUUUUCAGCCACUUUGGCUGCCUGUGAGUGCAAUAUAAUAUGUGAUAUGUGUAGUCAGUUCAAAUGUCUUCCAGAACAAAUCAAAAACUCCCCGGAAUUGUGAUCAAAUACGCCUUUCUGACCCUUGCCUGUGUCCUCUGCUAUGGAAGUCACCUAAAUGGGGAUUUUGUCUUUGACGAUACAGUGGCAAUUGUGAAAAAUUGGGAUGUCACCAGACCGAUGUCUAUCAAGGAAAUUUUCCAGCAUGAUUUCUGGGGCUUCAAUCUCACGGACUCAUCCAGCCACAAAUCAUAUCGCCCCCUUACAAUACUCACAUUCCGCCUAGAGCAUUCCCUCUGCGGUCUCAAUGCUUUCCGGAUGAAACUCGUCAAUUUAAUUCUGCACAUCUUCGCGACUUGGCUCAUUGUCCCUUUCUGGGAGAGUAUCUUUUGCUCCCCAGAGGAUCAAAUUGUAGCAAUCGGGGCAGCACUUUUGUUUGCCAUUCAUCCCAUUCACACGGAAGCUGUUGCGGGGAUUGUAGGGCGGGCAGAACUUCUUGUGGCUGGCGUCUUUCUAACAUCACUCAUCCUGUACAAUACUCAAAUUGCUCGAAAGACUUUCUCACUCAAAAGUCUGCUAUUCUAUCUGGGAUUCUUUAUCUUGGGAACGCUGAGUCUUUUGCUCAAAGAAAAUGGCAUCACAAUUUCACUCAUGGCUAUUGCCUGUGAAAUCAUCCUGAACACAAAUCUCACCCAAAAGAUGAGAAAUUGGAGAAUUCCACUGAACUUCCCAGCCAAAGUUUUCAAGAGAAUCGUUGUUCUCUUGACGUUCUUCACUCUCCUCUGCGUCUUCCGGCUUUGGAUCAUAGACUUCAAAAGUCCGAGUUUUCGAGUUAUGGACAAUCCAGUGGCAGCUAGUGAGAGUUUUCUGACCAAAUCACUGAGUCAGAUGUACUUGUACGUUCUCAACUACUGGAUCAUUCUCUGUCCGGAUUGGUUGAGCUUUGACUGGGCUUUGGGAUCUAUUAGUCUCGUGGACACAUUCUUAGAUGCUCGUUUCCUCUCAAUUGUGAUAUUCUGGGCAUUUUUCCUGGGGCUUAUUUGGACAUCACUUAAUUCCCCGAAACAACUCACAGCUCUCUCUCUCAUCGUGAUACCUUUUCUCCCGGCAUGUGGGAUCAUAAAACUGGGAUUUGUGAUUGCUGAGAGAGUUCUAUACAUUCCAUCCAUUGGACAUUGUUUCCUGAUCUGCCUGGGAAUUCAGAAGCUUCUGGAUAUUGCUCCCAAAGCCAAAAAACUCAUUGCAAUUGCUGUGAUUCUCUUCGGGGUGAUUUUUGUGGCUAGAACUCGAAUAAGAGCCAAUGAGUGGACCACAGAAGAACUUCUAUUCUCCUCAGCUCUCAGAGUUUGUCCCAACAAUGCCAAAGUUCACUAUAACAUUGCCAGAUUGGCCACAGAUCGUGGGGAGAAGGAAAGAGCUUUCAGGUUCUACCAUCAGGCCAUUGAUCUCUUUCCGGAAUAUGAGUCUGCCAUCAUGAACUUGGGGAAUUUAUACAGAGAAAUUGGGGAUUUUCAUGAAGCUGAAAAGCUUCUCUUGCGUUCGGUGGAAUUACUGGAAGAAUUUCCAGCUGCUUGGAUGAAUCUGGGAAUUGUUCAGGCAGCCCUGAAGAAGUACAAUAACUCCCUGGAGAGUUACCAGAGAGCUCUGAAGUAUCGAAAAUUUUAUCCAACUUGCCUCUAUAACAUGGGAAAUUUGUUCAUUGAGAUGAAAAACACUUCAAUGGCUCAUCGAUAUUGGUCAGAAGCUAUUGCUCUGAAUCUCCGUCAUGAGAAAGCCUGGGCAAAUAUUUUGGCGUUGCUGGACAAUGAGGGGAAAACUGAAGAAGUGGUUAGGAUGUCAGCCAUUGCUCUCCAACAUAUUCCCAAUGAUCCGGCAAUCCUUUUCACAAGAGCCAAUGCUUUUGGCAAAAUGGGGGAUUUCCAGGAGUCUGAGAGACUCUUCCUCAGAGCAAUUGAAUUGAGGCCAGAUUAUGCAAUGUAUUACGCCAAUUUGGGAGUUCUGUAUCAUCGCUGGCAGAAACCGGUGAAGGCUGCUGAAUGGUACAGGAAGGCCCUCAAGGUGGAUCCGAAUCUCCGCAGUGUCCGUGAGAAUUUGUCCAAAUUGCAGAAGAAAUAAAUAAAAUUCUCUCAA